AUGUGCAGGGCAUGUGCAGCACACCACCAAUAAAGUAUUCCUGUACCAUCACGCGGUGUGAAGCCGGCUGACGGGGAUGAUAAGAGAAGGGGGCAGCAGACACCCAAGUCAAUCUGCGUCGCGUGCCUGCUAACUUAGCGACGUACCAGGCAAGGCAAGCUAUUCCGUCAGUGCUGCUGCUUUCCUUGCUCUUCUCUUCCUUCUUCCUCUCAUCACUCUUGCAUAUCGUCGCCAGAAAAUUGUUGAGCACGCAAAGACCCAAGAAAAAACACUCCAGAAUCCCUCUCAAGCACCUCCAAAAUGGCAGACACCAAGCCCGCAGAGACCACUCCAGCUGUCGCAGCUCCAGUCGACAACACGACCGCGCUGCCCACCAUCGAGAACGAGGCGCCAAAGACCGACGCAGCUACCACUGACGGCGCCGCCCCAGAAGCCGCAGCUCCAGCCGAUCAAUCCACUGCAGCACCAGCAGCCGCCGCAGAGCCAGCCAAGGCAGAGCAACCAGCCGGCGAGACCACCCAGACAUCCAAGGCCGACAAGAGGAAGAGCCGAGUCGGCGAUUUGGCCAAGAAGCUCCAGUUCUGGAAGAAGGACAAGAAGGAGGAUGCUGCCAACUAGGCGCAAGAAAACUUGUCCAACAGAAAGAAGAACAAGCAAACCUUGUGGGCAUGAAGUUUUUAUUUGCGCGGCGCUGUUUCCUCAAGAGAUAUCCUAUGAUACCCUUCCAUGUUUGAUAUUAUGGCAUGGCUAAUUAAGCAGACGAGACUGAUCAUCAGGUCUGAAAUCUAAAGUUGAUUU